CUGAUACAUUUUCUGUAUCUAAACAUUAAUACUGAUGCAGCUUCAUGUCCAUACCUUUACGUCUUUAAGCCAACAAAUAAGUAGCUUUCAUUCUUAAGUACUACUAUGAACACUUUUCUUGCUAAUUCUUCGUCUUACAUGUAGUCUGAUUGUUAAAUUGCUGCUACGGUAGAAGCCUAGAAAUUGAAGUUAUAGUAUAUUAUGGUUUCUGGCAAUGGCUAACAGUUGUGAUCCAUUUCAAACGAAAGUUGUUACUGAUAAACAAGAACCAAACAACAUCUUUGAAGAGUUUUGUCACCUUAAAUCGAAGAAAAUGAGACAGCUUGAGGAUGGCAUUGAAGCCAAGGAGAGGCAAUCUCUUAACACAGAGGCUCAAAGUUCAUUAAAGCAAGAGAUCCUAGAUCUUCAAGACCGCUUGCAGGACCAGGUUCUGGUACGCCGUACAUUGGAGAAGGCACUAAACUGUAAGCCUUUUUCCCAUGAUAUCAUGACAGAUAAGUCAAUCCCCAAGCCUGCUAAGGAACUGAUUAAGGAAAUUGCAGUUUUGGAACUGGAAGUGGUGUAUUUGGAACGAUAUCUUCUCUCCCUGUACAGAAAAACAUUCGAACAACAAGUAUCAUUUCUGUCAACCAAAGAUGAAAGGGACCAUGAGAGAUUCAAAAUGAGUUCAAACACACAUAAAGGAAUGUUUCGAUCAGUUCUUGGAAAUGAGAAUGAUAUAAUGUCGGAUAAGGACCAUUCUGCUGAUAAUGCAAGUCAUCUCACUUCACUGACCGAGGAACGCAAUGACACUCGGGGACCGGAAAAACUGCUAGAUUCCAGCAUUCAUCGAUGUCGCUCCUCAAUGUCUCAGCGGUCUAUUGGAACUUCUCCAACAACGCGAUCAGUAGCCAGAGCAGUAGACUCAUGCCAUUCUCUCCCACUGUCAAUGUUGGAGCUAGCUCGGAAUGAUACUUCAAUUGCAAUCAGCCUAGCAGAUCAUCUUGGAACCUCUAUUCGCUAUGACGUACCAGAGUCGCCGAACUGGCUUUCCGAGGAGAUGAUCAGGAGAAUCUCGACCAUAUUUUGUGAACUUGCAGACCCGCCUUUGAUCAAUCCUGAUUAUGUUUCCUCCAAAAUUUCAAUCUCUUCAUCACCAAAUGAGUUUUCAUCACAAGGCCAUGGUGAUACAUGGAGCCCACAGUAUGGGAACUAUUCAUCCUUCAAUUCAUCACUUGACAACCCUUUCCACGUUGGAGCCUCCAAGGAAUUCAGUGGACCAUACUGCUCAAUGGUCAAGGUCCAACGAAUUUGUAGAGAUACUCAAAAGCUGAGAUAUAUUCAACAUAAGCUACAAGAUUUUAGGUCACUUGUCUCUCGGCUAGAAGGGGUUAAUCCUAGAAAGAUGAAACAUGAUGAAAAGCUAGCUUUUUGGAUCAAUGUUCACAACGCACUUGUGAUGCAUGCAUAUUUAGUAUAUGGCAUUCCGCAGAAUAAUAUGAAAAGGGUGUCCUUAAUACUCAAGGCAGCAUACAACGUUGGGGGUCAUACAGUUAGUGUAGACAUGAUACAGAAUUCUAUUCUCGGAUGUCGGUUGCUCCGUCCAGGACCGUGGCUGCGACAGCUAUUUUCUGCGAAGACAAAAUUCAAGAAUGGAGAUGGAAGGAAAGCUUAUUCUAUAGAUCAUCCCGAACCUCGCUUAUAUUUUGCACUUUGUGCAGGAAGUUAUUCUGAUCCUGCAGUUAGAGCGUACACUCCUAAGAGAGUGUAUGAGGAUCUGGAAGCUGCAAAGGAAGAAUACAUCCAAUCAACAUUCAUUGUAAAUAAAGAAAAGAAACUCCUUCUUUCGAAGAUUGUAGAGUCUUUUGCUAAGGAUUUGGAACUUUGCCCUGCUGGUCUGGUGGAAAUGAUAGAGCAUUUACUGCCUAAUUAUUUGAAGAAAAGAAUUCAGGAGUGUCAGUACAGAAAAUUUGGCAAGAAAAUUGAGUGGAUUCCUCACAACUUCUCGUUUCGCUAUCUCCUGUCCAAGGAAUUAGCCUAGUUAUCUCAUUUCCAUCAGUAUGGGUGGGAUUCCGCGUGCUGGAGCUAAGAAGCAGUGCUAUUCUUCAACUUAUGCCUGCAAUAUAAUGUGGAAUGACAGAAUAUUCUUAACUAAAAUCUAUGGCACACAAGGUGGUGCCGAGUUGAUUUAGACACCAAAUUGAAGCGUCUAUCUAAGAAGAAUGAUGAUCAAAUGGGCUGAAGAUAAUGAGCUUUGAAUCCAUCAAACUGAAGGCCAGA